AUGGCGGACUUCGACGAGAUCUACGAAGAAGAAGAAGACGAGGAGCGGGCCUUGGAGGAGCAGCUGCUGAAGCCCUCGCCAGACCCGGUGGUGGUGCGCGGCUCGGGCCAUGUCACUGUUUUUGGGCUGAGCAACAAAUUUGAAGCAGAAUUUCCUUCAUCGUUAACAGGAAAAGUUGCACCUGAGGAAUUUAAAGCCAGCAUCAGCAGAGUGAACAGCUGUCUUAAGAAGAAUCUUCCAGUUAACGUACGAUGGCUACUCUGUGGCUGCCUUUGCUGCUGCUGCACUCUAGGUUGUAGUAUGUGGCCAGUGAUUUGCCUCAGUAAAAGAACACGAAGAUCGAUUGAGAAGUUAUUAGAAUGGGAAAACAAUAGGUUAUACCACAAGCUGUGCUUGCAUUGGAGGCUGAGCAAAAGGAAAUGUGAAUCGAAUAACAUGAUGGAAUAUGUCAUCCUUAUAGAAUUUUUACCAAAGACACCAAUUUUCCGACCAGAUUAGCAUUUGCUUUACUUAGAGACUUUCCCAAGUAUGUUGUCUUUCCAAUGGUGCCUUGCUUGGUGCUCUACUGGUGGUGAUACAAGCGUUGGUUCUACAGCCUCUUGUGGUGUUUUUCAUUCUUUGUGGUUUUUUUAUAACAGCAUGUUUAAAGUGCAUUUUGUCAAAUAUUGCAAAAAUCAUUUCAUGCAAUGUCAUAGAUAUUUAA